CUAAUGACAAAAAACAGCUAUUCGCCUACAAAGCCCUGUGUGCUUCCGUACUCUAGCUUAGCUAGCUACAUAACUACCUACUACUUCAUGUAACAUUAUUAAUGGCUCAAUAAUUGUAAAACAAAAAAGUUUUUGAUACGCUACAACACAACAUUGAUAUUUUGAGGAAAAUCAAGAAUUUAAGCCAAUUCUAUCAUCAGGCACAUAAUAACCUAUUUAGUCACCCAAGACAGACAAACCGAAUCAUGGCCUCCUUCCUCACCCGCAGCGCCAUCCGCGCCGCAUCGCAAACCCCGCGUCUCGCAUUCCCCAAAGCCCCCUCCUCAACAACAUCCGCACUCCGCUGGUCCUCGAUCCAAAACCCCCUCUCCUCCUCCUCCCGACGCUUCCUCGCCACCACCCCCGAGAAGCAACCAAGCCUCCGUCUCGGCAGCGAAGCCCCGAACUUCCAGGCCAAGACAACCCAGGGCGACAUCGACUUCCACCAGUGGCUCGCCGGGUCCUGGGCGAUCCUGUUCUCGCACCCGGCGGACUUCACCCCCGUCUGCACGACCGAGCUCGGCGCCUUCUCGCGGCUGGCGCCCGAGUUCGCCAAGCGCGGCGUCAAGAUGAUCGGGCUGAGCGCGAACGACCUGUCCUCGCACUCCCGCUGGAUCGCCGACAUCAACGAGGUCGCGGCCACGGACCUGCAGUUCCCCAUCAUCGCCGACGCCGACCGCCGCGUCGCCUUCCUGUACGACAUGGUCGACGCGCAGGACCUGGCCAACAUCGACGAGAAGGGCAUCGCGUUCACGAUCCGCUCCGUCUUUGUCAUCGAUCCCGCGAAGAAGAUCAGGCUGACGAUGAUGUACCCCGCCAGCACCGGCCGCAACACCGCCGAGGUCCUGCGCGUUAUUGACUCCCUGCAGACUGUGGAUAAGAAGGGCAUCGCGACGCCGAUCGAUUGGACGGUGGGCCAGGAUGUCAUCGUGCCCCCAAGCGUGAGCACCGAGGAUGCGAAGAAGAAGUUUGGAAACGUUAGGGAGGUUAAGCCUUACCUACGGUAUACCAAGGCUUAAAUUAAAGCCUGCCACUACGUCUGGCCUAGAGGGCAUUGCAUUAGGUAUAGCUAUAUCUAAUAACAUUUAAGCGCGGAUAUGGGAAAAGGAAGCCCGUGAACCCCAUUUUCCCUCCGGAUUUACAUAUGGAAAUGUCGAUGGGGUCUAUGGCAAGUAAGAAACUCAGGCCACGGGAGAUAUAUCUCAGUACGCAUAGUACCGGCAACUCGCUGGAAAGCAGUAUAUAUAUUAGAUCCCGCUAAUAGUAAAAUCUAGUCGAAUGUAUCUAUAUACCAAUGAAAAAAAAAC